CCCUGGGACUCCGCGCCUUCGCCCUCGCCCCUGCCUCUCCACGGCAGAUGCGGUGAGCCCAGCGGGAGCCCCGGGGUCCUUAGCCGAUCGGAGGAGCGAAGAGCAAAGAAAGGGGCUGGUGGAAAGCAAAGGAGAUUCUUGUGCUCGUUAAUGAAAAUGGGCCCGUUAGGUGCAGAGGCUGAUGAGAACCAAACAGUGGAAGAAAUGAAGAUGGAGCCCUCUGGCCCAGGGCACACCACUCCUAGAGGCGAGCUGGCCCCUGACUCUGAGCCGGAGCUUAAAGACAGCACCAAGUUGAUUGAGGUACAGAUCAUCCUUAUACUGGCCUAUUGCUCCAUCAUCUUGCUUGGUGUGGUUGGCAAUUCCUUGGUGAUCCACGUGGUGAUCAAAUUCAAGAGCAUGCGUACAGUAACCAACUUCUUUAUUGCCAACCUGGCUGUGGCAGAUCUUCUGGUGAACACCCUGUGCUUGCCAUUUACACUCACCUACACCUUAAUGGGGGAGUGGAAAAUGGGUCCUGUCCUAUGCCACUUGGUGCCCUAUGCCCAGGGCCUGGCGGUCCAGGUGUCCACCAUCACCUUGACAGUGAUCGCCCUGGACCGGCAUCGCUGCAUCGUCUACCACCUUGAGAGCAAGAUCUCCAAGCGAAUCAGCUUCUUGAUCAUAGGCUUGGCAUGGGGCAUCAGUGCCCUGCUAGCCAGCCCCCUGGCCAUCUUCCGGGAGUACUCACUGAUUGAGAUCAUCCCCGACUUUGAGAUUGUGGCUUGUACUGAGAAGUGGCCUGGCGAGGAGAAGAGCAUCUAUGGUACCGUCUAUAGUCUUUCCUCCUUAUUAAUCCUGUACGUUUUGCCUCUGGGCAUCAUCUCCUUUUCCUACGCUCGGAUCUGGAGCAAACUUAAGAACCAUGUCAGCCCUGGAGGUGUGAACGACCACUACCAUCAGCGGAGGCAGAAAACCACCAAGAUGCUGGUGUGUGUGGUGGUGGUAUUUGCGGUCAGCUGGUUGCCUCUGCAUGCCUUCCAGCUUGCUGUGGACAUUGACAGCCAAGUCCUGGACCUGAAGGAGUAUAAACUCAUCUUCACUGUGUUCCACAUCAUGGCUAUGUGCUCCACCUUUGCCAAUCCCCUUCUCUACGGCUGGAUGAACAGCAACUACAGAAAGGCUUUCCUCUCAGCUUUCCGCUGCGAGCAGAGGCUGGACGCCAUUCACUCCGAGGUGUCCAUGACGUCCAAGGCUAAAAAGAACCUGGAAGUCACCAAGAACGGUGGUCCCGAUGAUUCCUUCACAGAGGCUACCAACGUCUAAGGCCAUAGCCAUUGUGAAAAUAAAUGGAUGAAUUCUGACCAGAGCAUCGAGCUGCUUGAGGAGAGUGUGCAGGUGUAUCCUGAUUUUCCAUUUUAAGGAAGAAAAAGAGCAUCGGAAUGAAGCAUCUGCAGCGUGAUUCAUGGAAAACUGGUUUUCUAGAUAAAAACACUUGGAUUCAAAGACAGGGCCACAGAAGUUUGCUUGCAGUUGCUUGGAUGGUAGGUUGAAUUAUGAGUAAAAGCAGAGAGAAGUGCUUUUGACUCUUUCCCAGAAAGAGUGAGCAAGGAGCUAGCUUAUCAGCAUUGCGAUGGGUAAAAAGUUGACUUGCAGAUGACAUUACGGGGUAGAUUGGGGACGAUGUGUAAUUCACCAACCUCCUCUCUGAUGAAGUCUACCAAUAGCAACGUCCCUAGAAAGCCAGACUCUAUAGUAGUUUGGCUUUUUGUUAUUCUUCUUAUGGACAAAAAUCAUCAGAGAAUAUGCUGGAGACCAACUAUUGGAAGGACUUUAAGGAAAUAAAUUAAAUUUGCUAUGUAAUUAGUAUUUUGGCAAAUAGUGGGGAAAAUCUUUACCACUGAGUUAGCCAAUUGAUUUUUGAAACAAAAUGCACAUUCAUUGAGAAGUUUCUUCAACGCAGAAUGGAAGGCUGAAAUUCUCAGAGAAAUGUAAACCAUCAUUUAACUUCUAGUUUCAAGUUGUCCCUGCUUUAUUUAUAUAGUUACUAUUUAGCUAACGAGCCUGCAAUGCAAUACUUUCAAUCAUCGCUAAUUGUUCUUUUACAACACAUAUUAUUCCUAUGUUGGAGCUGAAUUUGUCCCCACUAAAAUUAUAUCAGAUUUGCAGAUAGUUUUGUGGCAUUGUAUAAUAUUUGGUGGUUAUUUGUAAGCAGUUUUUGCACAGGUAUAUACCUUUAACAUGUUUACUGAG